UUCCGGAAACUACUCGUAAUCCAUCGCACGUCGAGCCAGCGCAUCGGAAUCUCUUUCUAUGUUCUGAUUUACUACGAAAUGAAUUACCUCUUACCCUUGACUCAGUGCAUGCGUUUCUUUUUCUUUACUUUGUUUUUUUUUCUUUUCCUUUUUUUCUUUUACGCGAAAUCUGUUGUGACGUGACGUCAGAUGUAGGAGGUCCAUCGGUGAACAACUAUACUCUACCGAACGCUCAUUCAGACUCCACAUUAUUAUACGGUACGCGGACGUCCGCUGUUCGCGAGUUUAAACUUUUAUCCGCGUCCAUCGUUAGAUCGAGUUAACUUGAAUUGGAAGAAAUUUUUUCAUUGAUUCUCCUUCUCGUUCUUCAUAUUUCAAACACAGACGUAUUCGUUCUCAUAAUUUUUGGAGGGAAAAAAUUAUUGAUUAAAACAAAAAUUAAACCAUGCGCGUCGCUGCAGCUUUUUUUGUUAGCGUCGCUAUUGCCUUGGUGCCGCCGGUUAUCCUUGGAACGAAUGAUCCUCGUCUAGAGGCAUUGCUAGAUUCUGUUCCUUGGUUUAUUGUGGAAAAAUAUCAAGAUGACUCUUCGAAUAAAUCGGAUAUUGGAAAAUCCGAACUGCGGUCGACGACCAAUGUUCCAACGGAAAAUAAAAAUUCUGCCAACAUUUGCGUGACCAGAGAUUGCAAAGAAGCAGCUGAAAACUUUAUAACGAACAUGGACACAACCGUCGAUCCUUGCGACGAUUUUUUCGGAUACGUCUGCGGAGGAUGGCCGUCCGCUCAUCCUUUACCACCAACGGAUUCCAGUUGCGAUCAAUUCAGCACGAGAAAUGAUAUUUUGAACAAGCAAAUUCGAGAUUUACUCGAGGAAGAAAUCAAAGCGGACGAUAUAGGGCCGGUUAAAAGUGCGAAACGAGCUCACAAGGCUUGCAUGAAUACAGACGCCAUUGAGCGUAGGGGAAUCGAACCGAUUUUAUCAAUUCUUGAAGAAAACGGCGGAUGGCCCAUAAUAAUGGACGCUUCCAGGAGACCGCACGGUCUCAGAUUAACUUGGCAACAAAUCGAAGAAAAUUAUAGCCGGGAAUACGAGACAGAUUCUAUUUACGGAAUAAUGGUUGACGUCGAUUUAAAAAACGCCAGCGUUUACGCAAUCUACCUGGAUCAAGCCUCCACUAUUUUUCCGAGAUCUAUGAUGAUCGAUCCAGAUUCUUCGCCUGCUCUACUAGCCGAUUAUACUAAAUACGUUGCUGAUGUUGCCCACGCUUUCGCAGAAGCAAAAGGAUCCCGUGUAUCCCGUAACAGGAUAAUGAAAGACGCGAAAGCGAUCGUUAAAUUUGAAACGGAAAUAGCUAAGAUUUCUUCGCCCGAUGAAAUGAGGCGAGAUUUCGAUCGCCUGUACAAUUCGAUAACGAUUCAACAAUUUCAAAAUUGGUACGCUCGGGCUAGACCCAAAAGCUCUUUCUCCAAGGUGAAUUGGUUGAAGACUAUACAAAAUCAGUUUAACGAUCUUAAGAUAAAUGUCGAAAGUACAGAAAAAAUCGUUGUGAUGGAGAUGGAUUAUUAUUUCAAACUUGUUGAACUGCUGGACAACACACCCCAUCGUACAGUCGUAAAUUACAUCCACUGGAGAAUGGUCAACUCUCUUCUGCCGAGUACGACGAAACAGAUGAGGGACAUAACUUUUGAGAUCGAAAAAAAAGUAUUCGGAGUACGCGAGCAGCGGGAAAGAUGGAUGUCUUGUGUCACUAGUCACGACAUGAAACACGCAAUCUCGUAUCAGUACGUGAACAAAUACGUGACUGACGUUGCAAAGAAAUGGGCAUCGGAGAUGGUUACGGAAAUUCAAGAUGAAUUUUCCGCUCAAAUUUCGCUGUCUCAGUGGAUGGAAGAACCGACGAAAGUAGCUGCCAAAGAAAAACUUCACGCGAUGAGGCGAUUCAUAAGCCACCCCGAUUGGUAUCAAAACCAAACAGCUAUGAUUCACUUCUACAAAGGGUUGAUAAUCACGCAAGAUCACUUCAGCAACGUGAUGAACUACAAGAAAUACGAUCAGAGGAAGAAGUUCAAAAAAUACGGAACUCCAGUUCAGCCCGACGAGUGGUCCACAGAGCCCAUCACGAUAAAUGCUUUCUACGAUCCGAAUAUGAAUUCCUUGACGUUUCCAGCAGGAAUUUUACAGGUUCCAUUUUUCAGUCCGGAAGUACCAGACGCCCUUAAUUACGGAUCAAUCGGUGCUGUUAUCGGCCACGAGAUAUCCCACGGUUUUGACGACGUUGGUCGUCAAUUUGACAAGGAUGGAAAUGCGAAACAGUGGUGGUCGGAUAAAACGAUAAAAAAUUUCCAGAAGAGAGCUCAAUGCUUCAUCGAUCAAUUCAACAAUUACACGAUCGAAGAGAUCUCGACUGACUCCAGAGUUUACCACUCGAAUGGCGAGUUAAAUCAAGGAGAAAAUAUCGCCGAUUCAACCGGGCUCCAAGCUUCCUACGAAAUUUUCAAAAGGAGAUCGAAACAGAGAAAUUCGGAAGAACCUCGGCUACCAGGGCUUGAAAAUAUCACUCCCGAACAACUUUUCUUUAUAGCGUACGGAAACACGUGGUGCGAGACGGUAACCAAAGAGUAUCUUGCAUUCUUAACUGCUUCGGACGCACAUCCCACGAAUCGUUUGCGGGUGGUCGGGACUUUGGGAAAUUCGGAAGGAUUUAGCGAGGCCUUUAAUUGCCCAGCAGGAAGUUUGAUGAAUCGAUCGCACAAGUGCAAUCUUUUAAAAUAAUAUCAAUUGUAGUACAGAUAAGUUUGAGAUACUCUGAUCAACUUGGAUGCAGUGAAAUCAUAUAUGAGCGAUCACUUUUUUAAAUAAAUACAAAAUAAAUGAAUAAAAAAAAACAUCAAACGAA